AUUAGCAGGAGCUCAGCAGCAGCAGCAGCAGCAGCAGCAGCAUGUGGAUUGUGUAGCUCUCUCUCACUCUCUCACUUUCACGCAUAGAGGCUUGGCCGCCCUCGGUAAGUGGGCUGGGUGUGUGUAGGACAGAGCACUGAGACGAUCGCAGGAAACUGAGAGCGAGCUGUGUGGAUGAAUAAGAGGAGGACGGUCGGGAUCAGGAAUAAAACCCCAGCACACCUUCUGCUUUCUGGUUUGAAGACGCCUCCAGAUUCUGGUUUCAACAAGGAAUCCAGCCACUGAUGCAUUAAGCCCAGAUCAGUUUUUGUCCUUGAAGACUAGUCUGAUAAAGGAAAAGAACAGUUCCUCUCUCUUCUGCAUCUCUUUGGAGGCUGAGGCAGCAGAGCAGAUGGACUUUUUCCAAAGGUGGAUGUCGGAGUGACACAGCAGAGAGCAAGAACAGCCAGAUGUCAACCUGAAGCUGCCGUAGAGUUGAUGUGGCAGACAUGAAGAACCUGGACCAGUAUGGACAAAGUCAUCUGGAGAGCCUGGUCUAUACGGCUCUGUCCAGUUUGGUGUUGGUUCUACUGGGGCUUCAAGGCUCAGCCAGUGGCUGUCCUGGUGUCUGCGCCUGCUACGGUAAUACAACUGAUUGCUCUGCUGUCGGGCUCCUCUCCCUGACACCCAUUCUAGGACUAUUGAGCCAGGACUCACUGUCACUCCGUGUAGCCCAGAACAACCUCUCAUCCCUGGACAAGACUGAGCUGUCCAACCUCAGCAGCCUGGAGCUCCUGGAUCUUUCCCAGAACCAUUUUUCCACCCUACAGCCUGGAGCUUUCUCUGGCCUGAGCAACCUUCGCUGGUUAAAUCUGUCCAUUAACUACCUCGGCAUACAUCUGACAACCUCCGACCUCAACAGCAGCACAGUGAUUGACCAAAGCUUGAAUGAAAGUCAGGUUACUGUAGGUUUGAGCAAGGAGGUUUUCAAGGGCCUGUGGCAGCUGCAGGGACUUGACUUGUCCUCCAAUGGUCUCUUGUGGCUGCCUAAAGGCCUGCUGGAUGGGCUUCAGAGACUUGCCUGGUUGUCCCUGGCCAGCAACCGACUUGUGGCCUUGGACAGAGUCACAUUCGAGCCUCUGGUGGCACUACAGCAGCUGCAGCUGGUGGGAAAUCCCUGGGAGUGUGACUGCAAGCUAAGGGACUUCAAGAACUGGAUGGAGUGGUUGAUUUACAGGGAUGGGCAAGUGGAUGCGUUGCAGUGCAGUCUCCCGGGGGAUCUGAGGGGCAGGGACAUCCGCAGCGUGCCAGCAGAGAUGUUCACUUACUGCCUGCGAAGUCCGACAAAGGGGAACGCUACAGGUUAUGUCACUCGGCCCCCCUGCCCGCCCGGGAGGGUCAGCAGCACGGAAGAAUGUGUCCGCCAGCGUUAUCGGCCUGUUAGCGUCCGACGGGCACAUGGCACACAAAUAGUUGCGGGCGUGGUUUGCGGCACAGUGUGCGUCAUGAUGGUGGUCGCAGCAACUUACGGCUGUGUCUACGCCUCGCUCAUGGCACGGUACCAAAGAGAGAUGAAGAACCGCGGGCAGCCUCUGAUGGCUGAGUCGGGAGCAGAGACAGACUUGGAAGAUGGGCAAAUGUCAUCCCCGACCUCACCAGAAGAGACACCGCCCAAAGAGGCCUGUGGCUUCGUGCACGGUUAUCGAAUCAGCAGCUUCUGACACAUUGAUGUUUACUGCUGUUAAACCCUUCUGGACAUUCUGGCUGCCUCUGCGCCUCAGCUCUAAUCAUUAGUGAAACAACGUCUGCAGAGAGAAACCCCGCAGCUCUGCCAUUCUGCUGAGAGGCUCUGGGCAGGGACUGAUUGUAGAGCUAAUGGAGAAGACUAGAUUCACUAAAGCUGGAAUGCCGCAGCAUUUCUUUUAAUGUAUGGAUGCUCUGUGAAUUGUUAUUCCCUUCGCUGCAUCUCCCAGCCAGCUUUUAAACUCCUCUGAAGCUGCUGUUUGGCACUUCUGCACCUUGACUUCCCUUCCUGUGUCUUUUUUUCUUCUUUAGAAAUAAGAAACUCCCUUUUUGUUGUGCUGCCUCUCUUUGUACCCAAGCCCAACAAGCACAACCCCCAAAGAUUACAAAAGUACAAAUGUCUGUUGAUUUGUAACAUUUCUCCUGGUGUUGGUUUUAAAGAAGUGUUCUUCCCUUAAUCAGUUUUACUUUCCGCACUUUGCUAAAUAUUUCUGAAUGAAUGAAUCUUUAGGUGGAUGCCCUGCUGAAUUCCUUUAGGAUAAGAGACACUUUAAACCAUAUCAGAGCCCUGCUGCUGUCAGGGAAAUGCUGCUUUAAGCUUCAUCAGAGUUUAAUUGCAUUCAAACAGUACUAGAGUUUUACUGCCAUCUAGAGAGCAAGCUCCGAGCUACAUAGCUUCUAAUCCAGCACAAACUUUGAAGCUCAGUAGGAAACUACUGCUCCUAAUGUUGCAAAGCAUAGGACUGAAAACGUAUGAGAAAAUAAUGCUGUAACUUCCAAAUGUGUGAUUGAAUUUCUGUGGUAAGUUCAACUUAAACUCAAGGACUGUUAAUCGUGCUGAAGACAAUAAACUAUAUUUAUCUAAA